UGCAACAUGUUUUUCGACCGUUUUGGCACGAUUUUCGCUAAGCUUCUCCGUUCGUUAUCACUUUGCUGUUAGUGACCGGAUCAUCUCAUUUAGACAGAGAUCGUCCUCACACACGGACGUCUUAGCGCAGGACGGUGUCAUGCUGGCAGAUGGAGCUUCAUUCAGGACUCCUUCAGAGCUGAAGUAGCUCCACUAACCAUCAACACUCAGAUCAAUAACCCACUCUUUGUAGAUACUGUCUUUUGGACAGAUAGUUUGUGUUGGACAAAUUCGACAGGAAACUGUGUGCCAGCAGUCUAUCAGCAUUCCAAAAGAUGAAUAAGUGGUAGCUCUCCAUCCAGCGUUUCCAUGCAACAGCGCGGGCGGCUGUGAGGAGUAGCUGCUGCUGCAGAGAGCUCUGUAGAUGUGAUCAGGGCUCUAGAAACCCUGAGCGCCUUCUCAAACCCGAUGGAGCGACAAGAACAGCCAGUUGGAGGCUUAAACCACCAUGAUAGUGCACAGGAGCUCGGUUCUCCUCCCUUGUCCUCUUGUGAGCACUCACGGAGCCCAGAGCUGGAAGAGCCUGCAAAGAUGAGAAGGAACGACAACUACCUGCCAGUCCCUGGUGAAGAGAAGAACCUGCCCAGGAGCAACGAGUCCAUACCAUUGAAAAAUCUCUACGCAGAUGAUGGCUCACCUCUAAACCCUCAGUUAGGCCCGUACUUCUCUGAUGGGCGGCGGCGUGUGGACUAUGUGCUGGCAUAUCACAUCCAAAAACCCAGUGGCAUCCGGCGGCAGUCGUCCAGAUUUGGCGACACCAACUUCAUACGACGGCUUCGGCGCAGCCUAAGCAUGAGAAGCAGCCGAGCCCCGCUGCAACCAAAAGAAGACCCAGAGAUCACUGCCCAGGAGCAGCGGACUGACUACCAUGAGGAUGACAAGCGCUUCAGGCGUGAGGAGUUUGAAGAAAACCUUCUGGAGACGGGGCUAGAGCUGGAAAAGGAUGAUGGGUGUAAGAUCCCUGGAAUUGGUUUUUUGAAGAUCCACGCUCCUUGGAAUGUUUUGUGUCGAGAGGCUGAGUUCAUGAAGCUCAAGAUGCCAACAAAGAAGGUUUAUGAUGUCAAACAAGGAAGCAAUCUGGUGGAGAAGAUCCGAUUGUUCAUUCACAAAGUUACAGCUCCUCUUCACCCAAAAGUAGAUGCCAACCGACCAGACAGUGUCAAAUCCCUCUCUCAUCCAUUCUCCAGAGAGAAGCAGCAUCUAUUCGAUCUGUCUGACAGGGACAAGUUCUUUGACAGCAAGACCAGGAGUUCAAUAGUCUAUGAGGUACUGAAGAGGACAAGAUGCACCAAAGCCAAAUACUCCAUGGGGAUCACCAGUCUGCUAGCCAAUGGUGUCUACACAUCGGCUUAUCCACUACAUGAUGGAGACAUUGAGGGAGUGAAUGCAGAACCUAAUGACAGGAAGCUGCUGUACGAGGAGUGGGCCAGCUACAGCGUCUUCUACAAGUACCAGCCUAUCGGGCUCAUCAGAAAGUACUUUGGGGAGAAGGUUGGACUGUAUUUUGCCUGGUUAGGAGUCUACACACAGAUGCUAAUCCCCGCUGCCAUCGUUGGAGUCAUUGUGUUCCUCUACGGGUGUGCCACUGUUGACGAUAACAUACCGAGCAUGGAGAUUUGUGAUCCCAGGAACAACAUCACCAUGUGUCCGCUGUGCGACCGCGCCUGCAGCUACUGGAAGUUGGUGACAGCAUGUGGCACAGCCAGGGCUAGCCACCUAUUCGACAACCCAGCCACUGUCUUCUUCUCCAUCUUCAUGGCCCUCUGGGCCGUUCUCUUCAUGGAGCACUGGAAGAGGCGACAGAUGCGGCUCAACUAUAUCUGGGACCUGACCGGUUUUGGAGAGGAGGAGGAGGAUCACAACCGAGCGGAGUACGAGUUCCGGGUUAUGCAAAAGACAAUGAGACAAGAGCAUUCAAUCCCAAAGGACGAGAAGGUGAAGCUGACAUGUACAGACAGGCUGCCAGCAUACCUGACUACUGUGGUCAUGAUGUGCUUCAUGAUUGCUGUGACAUUUGCCAUUGUGUUCGGGGUCAUCCUAUACCGAAUUAGCAUCAAGGCAGCUCUGCACAUCAGCACCUAUCCUGCAGCACGGUCCAACAUCCGAGCCACUGUCAAAACCACCGCAGCCAUUAUCAACCUCAUCGUCAUCAUCAUUUUAGAUGAAAUCUACGCCUCCAUCGCCCGCUGGCUGACCACACUAGAGGUUCCAAAAACAGACAAAAGCUUCGAGGAGCGCCUCAUCUUUAAAACCUUUAUCUUGAAGUUUGUCAAUGCCUUCACACCCAUUGUUUAUUUGGCCUUUUUCAGGGGCAGACUUGUUGGGAGACCUGGAAACUACUUGUAUGUUGUUGGAUCGUACAGAAUGGAAGAGUGUGCCCAUGCAGGCUGCCUCAUGGAGCUGUGCAUCCAGUUGUGCAUCACCAUGUUAGGCAAGCAGCUUAUCCAGAACAACCUGUUUGAGAUCGGCAUACCGAAGCUGAAGAAGUUGCUCCGGAAGAGGAAAUCGGACUUGGACUCAAAGCAAGAGGAGGAGCUGAACAAAACAAUGCAACGCCAUGAGAAAGACCACUUCCUGGGUCCAUUUGUUGGACUUAGCCCCGAGUACAUGGAGAUGAUCAUCCAGUUUGGGAUGGUGACUCUCUUUGUGGCUUCUUUUCCUCUGGCGCCACUCUUUGCUCUUCUAAAUAACAUCAUUGAGAUUCGCCUGGAUGCCAAGAAGUUUGUUAUGGAGCUGCGCAGGCCAAUUGCGGCCAAAGCCAAAGACAUUGGAAUCUGGUACAACCUCUUGAGGGGCCUCAGUAAGGUAGCAGUCAUCGUUAACGCUUUUGUCAUCUCCUUCACAUCUGAUUUCAUCCCUCGGCUGGUCUACCAGUACACGUACAGUCCCGACGGCACCAUGCACGGUUUCAUCAAUCACACUCUGUCAUACUUCAACGUCAGUGAUUUUCAGCCUGAUACAGACCCUCUGGAGCCAAUGCAUCUUGGCUACCCAGUAGAUAUGUGCAGAUAUAAGGACUACAGAGAGCCUCCCUGGUCUAACACGCCAUAUGAACUUUCCAAGGAGUUCUGGGCCAUACUAGCUGCCCGCCUCGCCUUUGUUAUUGUCUUUCAGAAUGUUGUGAUGCUUAUGAGUGACUUUGUGGACUGGCUCAUCCCAGACAUCCCCAAAGACAUCAGCCUUCAGAUUCACAAAGAGAAGAUCCUCAUGGUGGAGCUCUUUAUGAAAGAGGAACAGGGGAAAAGGCUUGCAGCGAGGGACAAGGAUAGCCAGGACAACUACACCUCCCCCUCAUCAGCCAAUGAAAGCCCACCACAGCCCCGCUCACGGCCUAUUUCACAUGCUAACUGCUGUUGAAGUGCUAGCUGCUGGGAUCUGGGAAACAAGCACAAACACAAUGAGCAAACAUAGCAAACUGUAAAUACAUAGGUUGGCUGGUAAAGGUUAAAACAGUUAUCCAUUAAUAUAUGGUCAGUUUGCUCCAUUCACAUUGUUCGGGAGCAUUUGCAGGACUUAACUUUGAUGUGUUCACAUUAGAAUUAGAAUCCCAAGUUAAGAUGUUACUUUUUACACACAUUUUACAUCUUCAACCAUUAACUCAAAAUCCAGCAUGUAGUACACAAACAGUACUUUGCCAUAGAUUUAUGAUCUCACAACCGUAUUUAUUUGAAAGGAACAAGCCAUUUGCUUCAUUGAGGAAAUCAACUUUCAGGAUGUGAGUGCUAAACUGCAACUGCAGUAGAUAUUAAAGUCUCUCCCAUGAGACAUGAAUGCCACUUUUUCAAUGAAGACAGUCUCUGUCAGUCCGUCCAAAUGGUCCUGCUGAGAAGAGCUUCCUCUGGCAUCUUAUUGCUAAGAUCCAGCAGAAUAGGAGAUCUUCUCUCCUGGCAUCAGUGUGCAACAUUUAGACAGGCCUUUUUCUAUUUUUUGCACAUGUACAAAUGCAGGAAUUUAAUGAUGUGCUUUUUGUAAAUGCAACAUGGUCAGGCACAUGUGCUUUUGUUGUUGGGAUGAACAGCAGGUUUAGGAACACCUGCUAAUUUAUAUAUUCUCUUGUAUGAGCAACAUCUUGUUUUUUGUUACAUUUGUUACAUGUUUAGAACGAUCAAACAGCCUGACAAGGUUCAGUGAUAUAAUUUCUGGAAGCACAAGUCACAUUAUUUUUCACUUUAAUGAACUGGAAUUCUUAAAACUACAAUUGAUAAGGUUUAAAGUGUAAACACAAAGAUGCCAUGCUCCAUCUCACUUUGCUGAGAUGCUGUAAAUACAUAUCGUGUGUCCUGUGUACCCUUGCUAAGAUGUGGUAUUGGUUGCAGACAGAAUUUUUUUGACACAUUGAUCCAUGAUUUGUAAACAGCUGUUGACACAUCCAGCACAACAAUAGUUACCAUUUGGAGUAUUUCAGUCCAAUGUUUCUUGUUCUCUGCCUCUUUCAUCUUGGAAUAACUGUUAAUCGUCAUCUGUCUAGGGCCCCUUUCAGACAUGCUUUCCUUUCCAGUAAGUGACAGCAUCUGAACGUGUUGACUUCAUGUCUGAAUUAGAACCCUGGUAACUUUUCCACGAAAGUUGUGAUGGGAACCUUAUUAUGUCUGAUUUAUUAACAUUUUCAAAUUACUGUAAACACAGCACAAGUCUAAGCUGUAUGUGGUCACAUCAACAAAUAUUAAGCAGUGUACUUCAAGAUAUGUGAAGUGAUUCGAAGAAGAUUUUUUCCACCUUUUAGCACCAUGAUUGGUCAACAAAUAUGUUGACUGACUCUGUCCUUUGCCCAGAGUGCAAAGGACACAGUGUGGUACCACAAUCACAAAACACCUUUCUCAUUCACUCUGCUCUACAAUUUCAUAUCUAUUGCAAACAGAAGUGUCCAGAAGAUGGACAUUUCAGAAAUUAGGCAUACACUUGAUACAGUCUCUAUCUUCAUCUCAGCAAGUCAGAUCAGGUCAUAUUAUUGAUACUCACCAAUAAUGAAUGUAAUUUAGGCUUUUACAAGAGACCUUUCUCUCGGUUUAAAUACCUGCAGCAUCAGACAGCAGCAGGGUUUACACGAGCAUCUUUGAGAGAGAGAAUUACAUACAUUUACGCACAUGGAACAGCAGCAUUAACUUUAUCAAUUACUUGGAAUUAUUAAUUAUCCCCAAUAUGGAGACAGGAUUAUCAGGAUCCAACAAGUCACAGUUAGAACUUCUAACAUCAGACAGGUCCCACACAGCCACAGAGGGAGUAAGUUUCACUUAAAUCAGUUGUUACAUCGUGAUCGUUCUCACAUUGAGUCCAGAGCUCCAUGACAGCUGUCAGGCCAUAUUUACUUUAAUGUCACUAAAGAUAUCAUUCGAUUAUCAUGCAUGGACAGAAUUUUCAGUGUGUAGGAAAUCAUAAAUGAACUAGUCCAUCAGUUAUUUGGACAGUUUGCUAAACUUGCUAUUAGUGUAGAUUUACUCUGUUGUUUAUUAGUGUUUUAUUGAGUAUCAUACAUCAGUUGACAUACUAUCCAGUCUCACAUGUAUGAUGAAUAUCACAUGCACCAUGGAUCACAACUGUGGUGAGUGUUUCUGAAUGAAGCUGUGAUGAACCUUAAAGCUCGUGUCCGGAGUUUCCAUUUGUUUUCAAUUUAUGUAUCAUUGUUUAACAAAGCUUAAAUGUGUUAGUCUAGUUCGAUACUAUAAUAUAAUGUUAGUAUGACGCGAUAUGAAAAUUUAUUCCUGAGCUCCGCCUUCCUCUCAUAGACCCCCAUGUUAUUCCAAAAAGCGCUGGUCGCUGCCAACCAAUUGAGUUCGAGCUUCCGCUUUGUCAUGCUGUCAAUCAACGGUUACGCGCACAGCAAGCAAGCCCAUGCAGAGGUGGGCGAGCUACACACUACGCAACCGCGCGCACAUUUGUUUUGCUUGUGGAGGAGAGAGCAUCAGGGAUCAGCAGCUUCCAGAAAAGUUACCAAUCCCACGGCUUGUCAGGCCAAGAGACUGCAGGACGUUUUUUGGCUCAGGGUGCUCGCGUCGCUCCCCGACCACGGCCUCCAUAGCCCGGCUGACGGCUUCGUUUAGAUGCCCGACCUCUGGAGGAAGAUGUUGGGGCGUCUGGGACAUACUCUUCGUCAGAGGAGUCAUGCAAUUCUGAACUCUAGAUAGAAGUAAAUAAACAAUGUAACACAUAUACACGCGUAAAUGCACUAAGUUUGAUAAACGACGUCAUCGAGAGGGAUACACGAGUGUAAUCACAUAUUGAAACUUUACUCGUUCGUCCUAGCAGAUUCAUGUUAUUUUGGUAUUAGGACAAGUUAGACUCAAUACAGAAUUCUAACGUAAUUCCUUUAUUAUUUACUAAAUGUACUAAAUGUAGAAGAGUGGAAAACAGCAAAACAGGCAAGAUGCUGCAGCACUCCGGGCACUCCUCUCAGGUACUGCGCACGUGCACAAAUAAAGGGGCGAAAUCAGAGGGAGGGUGGGACCAACAGUGUUUUGGGAGACGCUGCGAUUCAAACUCCGGACACGAGCUUUAAAGUAAAAGUGACCUAUUGACAGUAGCUUGAUAAAGCAGCAAUGUUUUGUAUCCCAUGACAGAAAAGGGUUUAGCUGUGUGGGGCUGGGCAGUUAAAGUGCGGUUAAUUUCUUUCCAAACAUGUUCCAGAGAAAAAAAUAACCUUCCUGCUGUUGUGUGAAACAAGCAAAGAAUUUUUUGGAAAAACUGUAAUAGCAUAACCAUGUGCUUCAAGACUCAAAAAUUCUGUAUGAAGCAGAGAGGAACAGCCCAGUUUGUCAUUAUAAUCAACCCCUAUUCCAUUACAAAUAGUCAUGAUCUGUUGUCAAUGUUAAAACAAUAAUCAGUGCAGCUUUAAAGUGCUUUAAUCAACAUGACUCCAAAUGAAUGCUAAUGUUGUUCUGGUGAAUGUAUAAUUAUAUGCAAUUGUCAUAUCAUUUUCAUCUUUUGCUCCUGCCUCUGUCAGCUCUCCAUUUACAGGAAGAAACAACUCUUAUCUAUUUUGUCUCUUUCGUAUCAUCAGCAAACUGCCAAGUGCAGUUAAUUGAUGUCACCUUGUCUUCAGUUCAAAAUCCUGUCAUCGCUGAAUGCACCAAGGGGACAUGUUGGCCUUUGCAGCUUUACAGAGCUUAGAUUUGAUUAAAACCAAAACUGCCAGCCACAGCUAUUCAGAUGCUCAAAUUUGGGGUUUUCCGAGUCAAAUAUUUUAUCUAUUAAGCAGAGUAGUGCUAUUGCGUAAUGCAACCUAGCUAGUUAGCAUAGACUUAGCAAAUGUAAAUAAAAUGUAGCUGUCCAUUUUAAAUGUGUGUUUAAAUAUUUAUCACACAACUGUGCUGUCAGAUUUAAAGUUGUGUACUGAAAAUGGAAAUGAAUGCACUCGUGGUUGAAGUCUCAUGUAGUGUGUAAGUGUAUACAGUUAGUGCCAUUAUACUCACAUGACAUCUGAAAACUGCAUCUGGGGAAUUUUUGGACUGCGGAAUCUUGCUUAUUAGUAUGAGAUACUAAUUUAAAGGGACAUUUUGCUUUCAGUUUUUUGUUAGAGGAGAAAUUUCUUGAUGCCUCGGCAAAGCAGUACCAGUGUCUUGCUCAGUGGCACUUCAGUGAGAGUAGGUGAUCGAGGUGACAGCAUUAAUGACUCUGCCUUAUAUCCAUGAACUGAUCGUCUUCUGAACUAUCAUCAACUCAUUUAAGUUUUCCUUUCAGUGGUUUUCAUACAAAAUGAUUUAGAAGUCAAUCCUGGCAGAGCUACACUGUUUCAAUAUUGAUCUCUUGCCUUAUACUAACAUAAUAAAUUGUCUGGCAUUCUUCCGAAGCUGCAGCUCUUUAGCUAUUCAAGCACAAAGACUGAAUGAUAUUUUCUUUUGUAUUUAUUAAACUGCAAAAACAUGUGGGAGUGACUGGAUAACAUAUUGAAGAAUGGGAUGGUAAUAUGUAAUGUAGACAAAGGUAAAGUCUACACUGUCUAAUUCCCCCUUGCUGUAAAUAUAUAGUCACCUAAAAUCUAAGCCCUUAGCUCAGACUCAUGGAAUGUAUGAUUCACUUUUUUUCUCCAGUGAUGUAUAGUGAGCUUGAGGUCAAAAUAUUUCUGUUGUAUAGGUCUUCUAGUUACAUGUCAAUGGAUUUCUAAGUGUAUCUAACAUGUUGAAAGGGUGUUGUCAACCCACAGGGGAACAGAGAUCGACCAACUAAAGACUUUCAAAAAGACAGAAGAACUUCAUCAUAUUGUAUCCAUUUAAAAAUCAUCAUUUAAUACACUAGAAAUCAUCAGGAUGGACAUUUUUGUAUGUGGAAGGAUGCCUGGGAAAACAUCUUCUAAUACAGCUAACAGACGUUUUAUUACUAGAGAUGUUCUUCUACAUGGGCUAUAAUAAAAGCUGCACAUUUUACGUUUUAUUUUUACCAAAUCCUUUUCCUGGUGAUACUGUGUGUAAGUAGCUUAGUGUUGAUAUUCGGUGAUAGAUUAUGUGUUGACAGAGGGCCUCAGAGCCUGUUUUAAUUAAAAAUAGUUAGAGCCUCUAAAUUUCUUCUACCCUCCUGUUACGUGUGAAGACCCUUCCUUAACGUCCUCAUGAGAUGACCUCCACCUGACAUCUUACACCUUUUGGCAUUUACAGCAUCAAUAAACACUACACAUUGUGACAAGCUGAUACCUAUUCUAACGUAUGUCAAAGCACAUUCCACAACAUGCCUCAGCACAUCUGCAUGUGUAUCCUAUGAGUCUGUCUCGGAUAUUUUUGCCUUUUGUUGUUUUAUCUAACUGCAAAUAAACCAGAGGGGAAUUGCCUGAGUGGA